GUGUGGGCCUGUACAAAGGCGGGGUAGCCAAACAACUGUGCUCCCUUCUAUUCAAAUAUAAGCUAAUUAUUGUGAACCUCAAGCUAUUUCUUUUAAUUCAUCAUGUUGGCAACCAACAAUCUUAUCAGUUAUGUCACACAUGGCACCUGUUGACAGUAGGAUCAGUGAGUGUUUGGCUUUUUCAGAAGUCUGCCCAGAAAUGUUUUAUGUCAUUUAAGAUUUUAACCAGGAUACUUUUUUCGUAUUUUAAUCGACUGAAAUGUAGAGUGGGGAGUAUUAUCCGAAAUAUCUUUUCGAAAAUAAAAAGUACUACUACAGGCUACAGACGUAUGGCCAAACUCUACUUGUCCAUAAUUGAUGAUGUGAUUGAGAGUAUGAGGGAGCUCUUCUUGGAUGAGGGGCUUGAAGACCGCGUCCUGGACGAUUUAAGACAUCUUUGGGAGUCAAAGAUGAUGCAGUCUAAAGCAAUGGAAGACUUCAGGAAAAACAAUGUCAACUCAUCCAACUUUGUCCUCCAGCUCCCCGCCAACUACAGUCAGACUGAUCAAGAACUCGCAGCCUCCGCUUUGAUCCCUGCAAGUCAGAAUAUCCACAGCUUCCCAGUCAAGAACUCGGAGACACUUGCUACUUUUUCUCUCCCUGCUGGGUUAGCUUACCCGGUGCAGAUACCAGCAGGAGUCACUCUUCAAACAGCCUCCGGUCAACUUUACAAGGUCAAUGUUCCUGUUGUGGUUACUCAGGCCCCAGCAGGUCAGCAACCUGUAUCCCACCCCCCACAGAAAGCUCCUGCCCCACCCCAGUCAGCUGCAGUCCCACCAAAUGCAAUUCGCCCUCAGGAGGAUGUUCCCGCUACUUCUGCCGCACAGCUGCCACAGCCAAAGACCAAUUUACCCCCCAGUCAGGAGAGCAGCCUCCCCCAGCACCAACAAGUUCCUGCUGCUGACACCUCGCAGCUUCAGAGGGUCCACUCUCCACAGUGUGAGGUCACACUGGGAGAAAAUGAGCCGAGUCCAGAACCUGAACUUGUGAACUUCAGUAUGACCGCCUCACCCUGCAGUCAGUUAUUAGACUUCCAGCUCAGCACAGAGGAGGCUUUGACACAGACGGCACAGUUAAAGACCAGGGACAUUGAUGACAUCCUGAAAGAAGUGAUUGAGGAGGAGAGAGAGAAAGCAGGAAGGCUGGACCUGGACUACAGCUACAGUGAACUGUCAGACAUCGUUCAGCUGGAUGGUCCUGCAGACAACUCUGACAUCGAGGAGGAAGAUGGAGAUCCGCUGGAAGAGAACGACUUUCUGGGUAUAAUCAACGCAGAGGCCAUAAAGGUCCUGCAGGAAGGAGAUGGAAGCAGUGACGGCAACAGUCUCUCCUCCAGCAGCGACAUUGAGGGAGCAGAUGAACUCAAUAAUGCAGAGGAAGAGGAUCCUUUGAAUUCAGGUGAUGAUGUGAUUGAGCAGGACAUCCCAGAUCUCUUUGACACCGACAACGUAAUAGUUUGCCAGUACGACAAAAUACACCGCAGUAAGAACCGCUGGAAGUUUCAUUUGAAAGAUGGAGUGAUGUGUUACGCAGGCAGGGACUACGUGUUCUCUAAAGCUGUUGGGGAAGCUGAGUGGUAAUGAGCAUGAGUUCUCCUGAACAGAUCAGAUAAUCGUGUUGAAGAGAGGGGAAACAAUGAUGUACAAGGGAAAAACCAUUAGUGAAUUUAGACCUCUUGCCUGUGUAAUUUGGCUCAUAGAGCAAGAGGUUAAAGCAAUACUCUGAGAAAAUUUCUGAUACUUUUGUUUUUUGUUUUAAUUAUGCAAUUAUCAGAGCAAUCCUGCAAGUCCUUUACGCUGUUACAACUGAGUACUUCCAGCGUUGCCUGUGAAUCCAGUUUACUAAGGCAAACAGCAUGACUUUAAGUUGUCUAAUAUUUUGUAGAAAAUAGCUUUGUUUAUUAGAGGAGCAAAACAUUAUUUGACCAGGAGCUGGUUUUCCUCUGUCAUGACCCCGUUGCUUUGAAGGUACCUACUGCUGUUUGGUUUUGUAACAUUGUGAUGUUUUGCCGUCUUAUCACUCAUCAAAUACACUGAACUGCACUGCUGUGCUACAGUCCAUGAACUCUCUUC